GAAAUUAACCACAUCGUACGGAGUCCGUAUCUGCCUUUAUACAUACCCGCCAUCCACAUUAGAGAAGCAAGUGCCUGAAAAUAAAACGACAGUUACUUUGGGUUUCGAAAUAAGCCGGACAGGCAAACACCUGUCUCAGUCGACCUCGAUAAAAGCCACUUCCUCUUUACCCACAUCCUCAACCAGAGCGUUUUAUUGGUGUAAAGCAGCAGCUGCGCGCCAUCAAAGUCACUAUUUACAUAAUUACACCAAAACGGCAGCGAGAUAACGAAGAUUAAGAGUUUGGAUGCUUUAAGGUUGCACCGAUGCUGUUUUUUAAUAUCAGCAGAGUUGUUUAAUAAGGUCACUGAUAAGAAAGAGGGAAGAUGAUGAGGAGGAUGUGGGGCGGGCUGACGGACUGGAGGCGUUUCUCGUGCCCUCCUCCUCCAGGGCCAGCAGACAGACAGACAGUAUGAACUUGAACACUGACCGACGUACGAGUACAGCGACAGUCUAUUUCGCACAUCACUGCUGGUAUAUGACACUUUUAAACUGUCAGGUUAGCUCUGGUGUAGUAAGUUGAGAAAAUAGUGUCACGCUAUGUCCAGGCGUAAACUCGGCAGCAGACCGCAACACCUGAGCGUAAUGCAAGACGCUCCAGAGUCCACGAUUGUCCCCGGCUCGUCCCCAUCGCCCGAGCAACCGCCUCAGCACGAAGUUGGAGGGCGUGAUCUGCUUACCUGCGGCCAGUGUGGUCAAGCAUUCCCGCUUGCCCACAUCCUCACCUUCAUCCAGCACAAACAGGGCGGAUGCGGCAGCGCCAGAGUUCUGCCUCAGGACCACACCCCUCAAUCUCCAGCCAAUCGGACGCUCCGAUGUGGCCCGGGAACGCCGGUGGAGGCAGGUUACGUGGAGCUCCGACGGAUGACGGACAGGAGAUGCAAGGAAGAGCCAGGUGCGAGGGUGGAGGCGAAAAGAGCCGAGGAACCAUCUAUUUUCACCUGCCAGGCAUGUCAGUGUGUGUUCUCCAAUGCAUGGGCUCUCCUUCAGCAUGCUCAAAACACGCAUUCUCUCAACAUCUACCAGGUAGAGGACGACACCAUCGCACAACCAUCCAAACCAGCAGCAGCCAUGAUGGAUCCACGUCACCUGGGUGCCACCCUCGCCACCGCAUUCCAGCCAUCAUCCCUACGACCGUCCCGACCUCACAAGCCUCACAGUUCCAGCCCGGCACUCCAAGGGCUGAACUUCUCCAUGUGUUUGCAGCGCCUAGCUGAGGUCAGCUGUGGCACAGGUGGAGUGGUACCAUCUCCGUCCCCCUCUCCACCGGCUGCGUCACCUUUCCCACACUCUGCUCAAUCACCCCACACAGCCUUCUCAUGCGAGGUAUGCGGCCAGGGCUUUCAGUCCCUGCGCAGCCUGUCCGCCCACCGUCGCACUCACGCCUGCGAUAGGCCCUACCACUGCGGCAUUUGCCAGCUCACUUUCGCCCAGAGUGGAGAACUGGCACGACACAUGAGGAGCCAUCGGCGAGCUGCCGGACAAGAAAUGCCUGAUCCCACCCAUGAUGAGGACAGAAAGCUUUCUGGACCGGGAGAUAAUGAUGUUUCCAGUGGAACUGGCACGGAGUCAGGGAAGCACCCAGGAGGUACCACCCUGACGUCCUCUCAGUCCAGGGUUUCGGAUCGUAAUCUGCUUCGGUAUUACCAGCCUCAAAGAGAUGCAGAUGAAGAAGUUCAAGGCGAACCUCAGCAGCCGUCUCCAUACGGCAGUCCCUCAGAAGGCUCUCUGGAGAGCGGAGAUACAGGUGGAAGUGGGGAGAGCGGGAUCGCCAGCGGCAACUGCACGCCAAAACGCCCAGAACGAGAAGAUCGUCCUCAAGGCGAGUGGGAAAGAGAGGAGGUGGAGGCUGUGGACAUGGUCCAGGACUGGCAAAGAGAGAACGAAAGGAGACAGGUCACCACUGUAGGAGGCAAGAAGAAGAAAGAGGAGGCCUGCGAGUUUUGUGGGAAAUGUUUCAGGAACAGCAGCAACCUGACGGUGCACAGACGCAGCCACACCGGCGAGAGGCCAUAUCGCUGCGGCCUCUGCAGCUACGCCUGCGCGCAGAGCAGUAAGCUGACUCGACACAUGAAGACGCAUGGCGCACGGGGGACACGAGCCCCCUUUCAGUGCCAGCUGUGUUCCGUUCCCUUCACCGUCUACGCCACGCUGGAAAAACAUCUGAAGAAGGUACACGGACUCACCCACGCUAGUGCCGGGGCCUACACCCAGAGCCCACUUGCAGACUACGGCAACGUUAACAUCAAAAUGGAGGAAGACUCCAUCAGUGAUCAGUCAGGGGCUCCGAUCACAACCCUCACAGAAUCCGCUGUGGACAUAUCAGAGAAAUUUAAAGAGGAGGACUCUGAGAUGGGGGUCAGUGCUAAUCUCGAUGAGCCAACUACCUCAGAGGAAACCGGCAAUACUGCACCGCUGGGUACAACCACGGCAUAAAAAUAGCAUAUGACUUUCUGAUCAUGACCAAAAUGACCAAGUGUGAAGCCCUUUUGCCCACAGCUUUUAAACUUUGUGCAUGGUCUUGGGCACAUAGUUAAUCUGACCAAGUUGUGAUAGAUUCAUCAGUACAAGUGCCUAAAACAUGGUUUAAAUCUGAGCUAGGCCCAUUCAUUAUUAUCAAAACUUCAAUCAGCACUUCCUCUUACAACAGGAUCCUCGAGGAUUCCUACACAGGCUUGUACAACAGGUCAGAGUAUGUGAUGUUCCCUAAGUCAUUUGAGUUUUUGCAGGGUCUCAAAAGACAAUCAUACCGAAAUAUUAGCAGGACAGUGGCUGUUACCUCUAUGUGCGCUAUGAUUUUGAAUUCUGAAAUGCAAUUAUUAACUUGUGUUUACACUGUUGUGGCACCGUAGAGCCUUAAAGGUUCACGUUUCUAGGACAAAAUGAUAUUGUCACUGUCUUGCACAAAUGACAGCAGACAUUGUAAUACAGAUUUUCAUCAAGCUCAUGCAGCUUGUGCUUACUCGACUAUAUGACAAGGUCAUGUUGGUGGUUUGUGCGGUGUAUGUUGAACAGGACUGAUUGGGUCUGUGGCAAUUUGAGCAUCUUGCCAUUUAGUUAAGAAUUUUGUAAAUACGUAUUUUCGUUUGCGCAGACGUUUUGCUCUAUAUUCCACAAAUAUGGGUUUUCUAGCACACGAAACUAAUAUGAAUCAAUUUUGAGCCUGUUUAGUCUGUUUACAGACAUUUGUUUCACUGCCCAAGCACAUACAAAUGCUAACGUUCUUUUCAUUUUUUUUCAUUGGUUUUUGAAGGGCACUGCAUGUUUUGUGGUUGCGCAAAUGAAUGACCUCGGUUCUGAUAAAAGAUUGGGCGGGGAACCACAGCACUGACCCGGUGACCAAGAGAGCACUUGCGUGUGUAUGCACGUGUGAAUGAGAGACCUGAUAUAUUAUAAAUCUAUACAGGGAACUAAUGCUUUGUUACAGUUUUUUAUGAUUGUUUAUAUCCGACUCUGGCAGGGAACUGUUAUGUUACAGUCUGUUUUGUGUAAAAAAAAUUAAAUAUUCAAUAAUAUCAAAAGGGAAUUUUGUAUUGACAAAUGUGAAAACGGUUGGACAUACGGUAGUGUCCAUCAUCUCUUCAGGGAGCACUGAAUUGUGAACACAAAGCUCUUUGUGACUAUGAUGUAUUUGUUAUUUCUGUUGGUUCAUAUGUAAUGUGUUUCUUCCAUUAUUUUAUGUGUAGGCCAAAACUUUGCUGUCAUGUAAACUUAAAAUUGUGUUAUUUCUAUGCCUAUUCAGAUGCUCAUUAAAAGACUGAGGGUGU